AUGCCCUUGAGCGAGGAACAAUUCGACGCUUUUGCUCAAGAACUUCGAAUGGCAGAUGGAUUGGGUUCUAACGGAGAUGGAGGCGGAAAUGACAGCGCCAAUCAAGAUCACCAGGUUCAGGACAUACAACCAGUGCAAGUGGUGAUCCACAUCAUGCAACAGAACCAAGCCACGCUGGAAGCACUACGUCUGGACAUGGCGGCCCGCGCAGUGGCUGCGCCGAUGCCGCUUAUCGUGCCCGAUAUUGCUCUGCAUACCGGACUAUCAAGGUUCCGGCGGACCGGGAGCGGCCAGAUUAAUGGAACUGUGAGAGAAGUAACCUGCACAAAUUUUGCGAACGACGCAGUAACCUUGGUUGAGAACACUGAAGUGGUCCGUGAUAUACUCAGCAUAGAAGAAGUUCCUAUGCUUAAACGUAGAUAUGAGCUGAUUGAGACUGACAAAGUUGCAGUUAGCUUUGGCUUGAAACCAGCUGGAUCCGGGGAGGCUAAAGACGACGCCCUGUCUCCUGCCUUACAGCUAGCUGCUGACUGGGGAGAGGGGAUUCCGUUACCAAAUUACAGACAUCAAAUUCUACUGAAGUCACAGCAAGUGGCCGCCACAAUGGAUAUUAUUAUUGAGGGAAACAAAUGA